AUGCAGCCACUCAUUUCUGUGUGCUCUGAGGCUAUCAAGCCUCUAUCCCUAACAUUACUCACUGUCCUUACCGUAACUCUUGGGUCUGCUACACCUUCCAAUCAUGGCCACAUUCAGUGCUGUUGUUUGACUCCGUCGUGUCCUGUUACCGUACUUUACACGCCUCCCCCUGUCUCAUGUUGCUCAGCUUUUGUCAAAGCACAAGAUAUUGUCCAUCACAUCAAUAGGGAUCUUUACCUCCCCAAUGGACCUCUUCUGCUUUGGUAUUGCACCGACCCGGGCACGCACUCAGGCUGGGCAGGUGGAGGUGGAACUGCUGGGAAGGACGAGGCUUGGCUGAGAGGUUGCCCCAUCUACAUCCUCACAGCAUGGUUCUUCCUCCUACCCAGGCACAGGUUCAGUGCCUUUGCAGGCCAGUGCUAUGAACUUUCCAGUCCUAAUAUGGCAUCUUCAUCCUCACAGGCCCAGACUCAGCUGGCAGGCUCAGCUCCUACUACAUCACUUAGUACAACCACCAAACCAUCACCUCUGAUUCACUCAGGCCAGUAUGCACAGCCUAUGUGGCUGUGGAAGGACAUGCCUUCCGAUUGGCUGUCUGAGCACACACAGGUACACGACAAAUGGCUGACUGAGGGAGUACAACAGAAGGAGAAUCUCCAGGAGGCCCAGCAACAAUGGCAGUGA